UCUGCGGGCUGCAGCUGGACUUUUCUGUCUCGCUCAAACUCUCGCUGAUCCUCAUGCCUGGGAUUGGACCGUCACUGGGGUACUUCCGCUGAAAUCUGCAGGUUUUUACAGUCUGUGGGUAAACCACUUCCUUUCUGAUACCGAGGCUAUGAUUUUUAUCAAGCAGUAAUGUUUCAGCAACAGUUUGGAUUUCAGCGCAUCAGUAAUAGUAAAGCUGAGCAUUGCUGUGUGCCUUUUUGUAAAGCCUCUAGUAAGUACAGCAAAGUACUUAGUUUUCACACAUUUCCCUCUGAUACGGAAACCAGGCUAAAAUGGUUUGCUGCUAUCCGGAGGGAUUGUAGCCGGCAUUUUAAAAAGGAGGACUUUCGUGUGCCGGUCUUUAACACAGGGAGGCGCAUGUUAAAGAGGGGAGCUGUUCCAGAGUUGUUUGAGUGGAACAAUUACACCCAUCCAGGUACAGAACCGAUGGUAUGGGAGAGGAAACGAUCCCAUCCACCUCUCCUGGACCACGACUAUGCUUCGGCUCCGGACCCCGCAGUUGUCGACUUAGCUCUCGAUGAAAACAUGUCUCUCAGAGAGGAGAUCCUCCAGCUGAGGAAACGAAUAGAGGAGCAGACUUUAAAUCAGCGGUUUGGUCUCCAUCGUUUUGCUGGCUCAGACAAGGACAUACGGUUUUUCACAAGGUUUGCAUCCUAUGACCUACUCAUGCGAUUCUGGGCUUUAAUAGAGCCCUUGCUGCCCUCUAUGGUCAGUGUGACACAAGCACAGAGUGGCACCUUCACAGAGCCAAGUUCCCCUGCUACUCCUCCCCUGCAGCCCAUAGAUGAGAUGUUCAUGUUUCUCAACUAUCUUGCGCUGGGCUUAAAAUGGCAUGACCUUGCUGACCGGUACGGAGUCCGCCAGUCCACAGUCGUUCGGACUAUUACAACAUGGAGCGACUUUCUGUACACUGUGCUCGGGUCAGUGAGGAUCUGGAUACCAGAGGAGAGAAUAAAGGAACAUUUGCCAGAAGAGUUCAAGGAUUAUGGAGACACUAGAGUCAUCCUGGACUUCAUGGAGCUGAGGUGCCAACCAUCAUCACCUCUUGUCCAAAGUGAAGCGUUCUCUGCAUGCAAGUCCCACUACACUCUCAAAGGGCUGCUCGGAGUUGCUCCUCAUGGGGCGGUGACAUUUAUUUCUCCACUGUACACCGGAUCUAUCAGUGACAAACAGAUCAUGGAAGACUGUGGAAUUCUUUCCCUUUUAAGACCCGGCAUGGCUGUCAUGGCUGACCGAGGUUUUCUCGUUAAUGUCUUUGUGCCUUGUAAAAUCUAUAGGCAGCCAUUUCUCUCUCAUAGAUCCCAGAUGUCUGCUCGUGAGGUCAGGGCGACCCAAGCAAAUGCACGCCUCACGGUGCAUGUGGAGCGCCUCAUACUUCGUGUGAAGGAACACAAGUUCUUUGACACAGAGAUUCCACCUCAGCUUUUUGACAACAUUAAUCAGCUGUAUGCUGUUGCUUGUCUCCUGACAAACUAUGAAAAUGGACCUCUUGUAAAGGCAUGAGCAAAGAAACCGGAGUAGCACAUGUUGUUUUUUUUCCAGUGGUUGAUGAAGAAUUGGAGGCCCUAGAGGCACAAGGAAAAGAGUCAAUACCACACUAUGAAAAUACUCUACUACAAGUAAAAGUCUCGCAUUCUGAACCUUAUUAAGUAAAGGUUUAAAUAAGUAUUAUCAGCAAAAUGUGGAAAGUAAAAAUAGUCAAUGUGUGUGGGACCCCGCAGUGUUCUACUACCAUAUUUGAUGUUUUUGGUUGCAUUAAUGUGUAUGAUGCAUUUUAUAUAUACUGUCGGGUAUUUUAAUAAUGCAUCAUAUUCUUAUGUUAGAAAAAGUAAAUUUUCCAUGAGCUCAGAAAAACGACCAUGUUCAGCUUUGUGACAAUGAAUCUAAGAGGGUUUUUAAAUAUUUUAGGUAGCAUGAUAAAUAAUAAUACAUAGAGAUGCAUGUUUUUCACUAAACAGGAAGUGUAUGAAAAAGUAAAUAUUUGCUUCUUAGAAGUAGCGUUAGGUUGCAUUAUAUGGAAAUACUCAAAUACAAGUAUCUUGCCAUUUAUGUAAAAGAAAAACAAAAAAAAAUAGCUGUCCAUAUUGUACAUUUUGAUCAUGAGUAUUUAAUGUUGCCAAUUUCAGGGAAAAACAGGGGGCUGAUCAAGCUAUGAAUGACGAGUGAACACUCAGGGAGCCAAAAAACAAAUAUAAGAUUAUUUCAUUUAAAAUAUUAAAGGAUAUUUGGUUUACAUGAGUGAUUGAGAUUAUGUUGAAAAUCAAAGCAUCCAAGCAUCUUUGAAGGAGUAUACUGUAGUCAAAUUCAAGCCACAGUCCUAAUCUUGAAAACAACAGUUAAGCAUUUUCCAAAAUUUAAGACUUAAUACAAACCGUGGGAGCAACAGUGACGUACAAUUCACUGUGAGUGCACUAGGGUUUUUAUUUUGGGACAAAAUAGUAGCAGGAAAGAGAUGAUUAAGGUAACUUUAGCUUGAAAGGCUUCUCUCCGAUCUUUUUGAAAGGCAAUAUUUUACAUCUUAAUAUCAGUGAAUUCAACUGAAGCUUUACAUUCAUUCAUAAAAUCGCACCGUAUGUCAUACUGCAUCAAGACCAUUAGAUGGCGCUACAUGACAAAAACGACAAAAAUCAUCUUGGACACACCAUCAAGUAACUUUAGGAGAGAUCCAUUUUGGUUCUAUCAAUAAAUGUAUUUUGCAUCGAAA